AUGGACGACCGCGCGCAUAAGGCCCAUAGGCCGGCACAGUCUGGUGCCAAAGCGGACAAGAAGUCCAAGGGUAAGGAGAAGCAAAAGGGCUUCAACGAAAAGGCCUUCGCGCCCAAGUCUGGUAGACGCGCAGAACGCCAGGGUCGGCGCGCUGCCGAGAAGGACCAGACACGACUGCACGUGCCUCUAGUCAACCGUACGCCCGAUGACGAGCCGCCUCCCGUCGUCGUCGCCAUCGUCGGUCCGCCCGGCGUGGGCAAGAGCACGCUCGUCAAGUCCCUCGUCAGGCGCUACACCAAACAGUCCAUGAACGAUAUCCGUGGACCCGUGACCGUCGUCAGUGGGAAGAAGCGCAGGCUGACGUUUAUGGAGUGCGCGAACGACUUGAAUUCUAUGGUCGAUGUGGGCAAGGUCGCGGAUCUGGUGUUGCUCAUGAUCGACGGCUCUUACGGCUUCGAGAUGGAAACCUUCGAGUUCCUCAACAUCCUCCAAUCCCACGGCUUCCCCAAAGUAAUCGGCAUCCUCACGCACCUCGACCUCGUCAAAAAAGCCGCGACGCUCCGCGCCACGAAAAAGGCGCUCAAAAAGCGCUUCUGGGCCGAGAUCUACCAGGGCGCGAAGCUGUUCUACCUCUCGGGCGUGAUGAACGGGCGCUACCCCGACGCGGAGAUCUUGAACCUGAGCAGGUUCAUCAGCGUGAUGAAGUUCCGGCCGCUGGUGUUUCGGAAUACGCACCCGUAUGUGCUGGCGGACCGGUUCGAGGACCUGACGCCGCGCGAGGAUGUGCGCGUUAGUGGGGGCAAGUGCGAUAGGGUCGUGACGAUGUAUGGGUAUUUGCGCGGGACGAAUCUGCGGACGGGGACGAAGGUGCAUGUGCCGGGCGUGGGCGAUCUGGACGUGCAGAGCGUGCAGCAGCUGGCGGACCCGUGUCCGAUGCCCGACGCGGAUAGCGAGAAGAGGAGGAAGCUGAGCGAGAAGAAGAAGUUGGUCGUGCAUGCGCCUAUGAGCGAUGUGGGGGGCGUGAUGUAUGAUAAGGACGCGGUGUAUAUUAAUGUGCCGGGCAGCUUUAGCCGGGGGAACAACGAGCUGCCGCAGGGAGAAGGAGAGGAGAUGGUCAUGGACCUCCAAGAGGCACCCGAAACGCUCGAAGACGUCGUCGCGCGUAGGGAGAUCAGGCUCUUCGGUUCUUCGUCCAAGAACCUCUCUGUCGACCCUUCGUCGAGCCGCGUCACGCUCGACGAUCUUGCCGCAUCUGAGAGCGACGAGGAUGAGAGCGGCGAGGAGGGUAGCGAUGAGGAGUCGGGCAGCAGCGAGGAGGAUGGAGAUGAGGAAGAGUGGGGAAGCGAUGAUGAUGAGGCGGAGCCGGGGCCGAGUACGGGCUGGUCAGGUCGGACUGCGCCGCGGACGGGUCGUCGUUCUCUCGGUGGGCAUGGACAUGCACGCGACGACGACGAGGGCGGCGGAGAUGUUGCGUAUGCGGACAGCGACUCUGAUCUGGACUUGGGCGGAGAUCAGGACGACAUGCGGUGGGACGGCGAGGGCGGUGCGGAUUUACCGAGUGACGAGGAUGAGGAGGGCAGCGACGCGGAGGACGAUGAGGACGUACCACGGUGGAAAGCGAAUCUCGCAGACCGCGCACAGGACUUCAUGCGCACCAACGCCCGAUCACGGCGAAAAGACUGGACGCGCCUCAUCUACGCUACAUCUCUCCCACCGUCGAAAGUCCUCUCCAACGAUGCGUUGGCGCAGGAAGACGAUGAUAGGAUGGACGAAGAUGAAGACGAUGAAGAGGAGUUCUUCAAGGUGAAGAAGGCGGCGCCGGCUGAGGAGGGCGAGGAGGUGGUUGAUGCUACGAAGGAGCCGCUGGGCGCUGAGGAGUUGCAGAAGUGGGCGGACGAGGAGAUGUUGGAUUCUAUAAGGCAUCUGUUCAUCACGGGUGGCGAUGGUGAGGGCGGCGAGGAGGACGAAGGUGGAGAAGCCGAUGGCGAUGAGGAGGGUAGCGAUGCUGACUCCGACGCUGAGGACGCGGGAGAGGAUGAUCCCGAGGCGGUGAAAGCCAAGGCACUCGCAGAGAAGAAAGCGUUGCUCAAGCGCAAGUUCGACGAGCAGUACGAUGACCCCGACGCUCAGGCCGCCGCCACGUUCUACGACGAGCAAAAGGACGAGCUCGCGCGUCAAGCCGCCCUCAACCGCGCCGAGUUCGAGGACGCGGAUCCCGAGACCCGUGCACGCGUUGAAGGCUACAGGCCCGGGGCGUACGUCCGCCUCGAGCUACGUGACGUCCCCGCCGAGAUGGUCCUCCACUUCUCGCCGCAUCGCCCACUCAUCGCCGGUGGCCUCUUACCAGCCGAAGAACGCAUGGGUUUCGUGCAGGUCCGCAUCAAGCGCCACAGGUGGUACACGCGCACGCUCAAGACGAAUGAUCCGCUCGUGUUGAGCUUGGGCUGGCGUCGAUUCCAGACGGCGCCGAUAUACUCCCUCGACGACCAUUCGAUCCGGAUGCGGAUGUUGAAGUAUACACCCGAGCACAUGCACUGCUAUGCAACGUUCUAUGGUCCCGUCUCAGCGCCCAACACCGGCUUCUGCGCCUUCACGCAGCUCUCCUCCCAAGCGACGCCGUUCCGCGUCGCCGCGACGGGCGUGGUGCUCGAUAUCGACCGCACGGCGAAGAUCGUCAAGAAGCUCAAGCUGACGGGCACGCCGUACAAGAUCUUCAAGAACACGGCGUUCGUGAAGGAUAUGUUCAGUACGGCGCUGGAGGUGGCCAAGUUCGAGGGCGCGAAUGUGAAGACUGUGUCGGGCAUUCGGGGGCAGGUUAAGAAGGCGCUUGCGAAGCCGGAUGGGGCGUUUAGGGCGACUUUUGAGGAUAAGAUUCUCAUGAGCGAUCUCGUCUUCCUGCGCGCGUGGUACUCGAUCGAGCCGCGCAAGUACUACAACCCCGUUACAUCCGCGCUGCUCGCUCCGGGCGAGAACUGGACCGGUAUGCGUCUCACGGGCCAAGUCCGCCGCGAACAGGGGCUCGCUGCGCCGCAGAACAUCAACAGCACGUACAAGCCCGUCGAGCGACCCGGCCGGCGCUUCAACCCGCUCAAAGUGCCGAAGAAGCUCGCGGCAUCUCUGCCGUACGCGAGCAAGCCGCGCGUGAUGAAGCCGCAGAACAAGCCGACGUACUUGCAGAAACGCGCGGUGGUGCUCGAGCCGGAGGAGAAGCGCGCGUUGGCGGUCAUGCAGCAGGUGCGGGCGUUGAGGAAGGAUCAGGUUAAGAGGAGGAGGGAGAAGCAGGGGGAGAGGAGGGAGGCGAAGAUGAAGAAGAUUGAGAAGGAGGGGAAGAGGAAGGAGGAGAAGAGGAGGGAGGAGAGGAAGGAGCAUAUGAGGGUUGCGGGGAUUAAGAGUAAGAGGGAGGCGGAUAGGGAGGAGGGGAGGAGUAGUAAGAGGAGGAAGGUGUAG